CUGGCUGACAGCUACCUUAACCCCUCCUGUCGAGAAUCUCCUUCCAGAGACUACUAAUAUUAAAGGUCGAUUACUUUCAACUGUCCACUUGGUAUAUAGCAGAAAGGGCAGAGAUCAACUGUUAUAGUUACUAUGGCAGGAGAGAAGGCCCGUUCCCCUUCUGGAAAGGACCAUGAAGGUACCGGUGCCGACGAGUGGGAUGUCCCUGGAUAUGGCGGAAAAGUGCCUAGUCGUCCACCUGAAGCAGGAAGCAAAACUGUUCCUACUCAGGCAGCUAAAACAACUGUCAUCGCUGAGCGACCUCGUCAGAAAGAGAAUCAUGGGACCCGUCCAUCUGCUACUCAAACUGUCCCUCCUUCUGUCAGAGCGCCUACUGCCACAAAUUCUUCUCGCACGACCAAUUCCUCUCGCGGAACUAGCUCUUCUCGUGGUAGAAGUAACUAUCGGGCACUAGGGGGGCGUCGAGGAUAUAUUGCAACACGUUCCCGACCUAAUAAUACCACGCCACAAAGUCCUCCAGUGCUGUUUAAUGACUCUCCUGCCAAAUCAAAAUGGAGAAAUGGGGGCGCUCCUACUGCUAUAAUGAAAUUGCCUGUCCAUUUUGGCGUUUUGAAACGAGAGGUUUUUGGAAUAGCCAGAACAGCUUCUAGUGGGAAAUUGCCUGGCCGAGGUGAAGUUUUUGAAGAUAUUUGUCGCAAGACUGGGGCAUAUAUCAAACCACCAGCCUAUACUGAUCUGGCCUUACACAUUUGGGGCGAACUAAACCAGGUUGAGGCCGCAAAAACUUUACUGGAAGGACUGAUCCAGAGAUGCCAGGUCUCCUCUUACAAGAAAAAAGUUGAAUGGGCAAGGAUCAAUGCUCACUCCACUGUCAAGGAGGCAGACAUCGAUAUGAAAGAGAGACAAGAGAAUCUGUUGUUGAGACUUAGAAAGGCUCCAGACCCAACGACAAUGUUUCUGGAGAAGCUUCUCUUCCUCUGGCCUACAGAUGGACCUUCAAUGAAAGAUUGCCUUGGUCAGGAAUUACAGGCUCUUGACAACAUACGAGCAAGAUACGGCUAUCAUGUCUUCAUUCCUAGUGGACUUCCAAACUGUAUCUGCGUCCUCGGACAUGAGCAAGACAUCAUACGACAGAUUGUUCACCGUAUUCGGGCCAAAUGGAGUGAAAUAAUUGUGAAGAACAAUGUGACAUCAAAAACAUACGUGGCAGAGCCACCCCAAGGGGGUCCUUUCCAGCAAAAGCUCGUCAUUCAAGCCCCAGGCCGUGUUAUUAAGAGCAGCAUUCAGGGAGAUAUGAAAGCACCCAUCAUCUAUGAUCUAGAUGACUGGCGUUCCAAAGCUGCAUCGAUUCAAUCCAAAAACAAGUCUCGGAUUCUAAGUACUCUUGAGAGGUCGCUCCAGGGCCUCAAGUAUGUCCGUGGUCAUUUGCGCAUGCGUGUCAACUUUGGCUCUUUCGUCUUCGACAAAUAUCGUGUUCCACAGCAAGACAUGUGUGGCUAUUCCUUUGAAGAAUUCUGGGAGAUGAUCGCAAUUGAGCAAACAAAAGGACGAUUGAUUCCAGGAUUGGUUCCCAGCCAACAAGAACUACUCCGUAGGUGCUUCAAUGCGACCCAUCUCUUUGACCCCUUGGAAACAACUUCAAAGUCUUUGGAAAGCGCCGAACCAGCUUAUUCCGUGAAUUUUGAAUUCCUGGGUUCCAACAACGCCCUUCUUCGCCUCGAGGCUGAGUUUGCAAAGCGCCCUGGUGCGCAGGACUAUGAAAUUACUCAACGCCGUUGGGUACGACCUCGCAACAAAGUACAGACAGAAAGCGAAAAGACGCCUCUUCAGGUUGCAACGGUUGAUUUUGAUCGAUCGGACUGGCAAAUUGAGAUCAAAUCGUUGGAGUUCCACGAAACUUCAUCCAUCGAUACUGCACUUAAGGUGUUUUCUCACUCUAUUGGCUUCCGACGUGCUGCUACGGAAGGUGGAAUUGCUGCAAAAUCACAGAGAAAGGUCAUUUUCCCGGUUGAUGCCCCAGUAUCCCGAUUUGUUGAGAAGACCGCGCUUCAGUAUCGGCUCAAAGGUACCAACUAUACAUUUGAGCUUGCCCGGUAUGACGAAUACUCCCGGAAGAAUACAGUGACUGCCAGAGGAGCUGAAUUGACGGGUCCAAUGUCCGAUGUUCCCUCUACAUCGUGGGGGGCGUCGAUCUUUGGUCCCCAUUGGGAUAACCUUUUGGGCCAGCACGCCAACAUGCCGGUUGGUUACAUUGCCGGAUGGAAUCCAAAGAUAUCCACCUUCUUCCCCUCCAAGGAACAUUCCAACCAAAGUGAAGAAAACAACUCGGGAUUCUGGGAGUGCAUCGAUCUCAUCAAACAGGUGGCUCAGCUACUUGGACCUAGUCGUCAAUCAUCUACCAAGCAGGUCCAGGAUACAGAAACACCCAAGGAAGGCCAAACCGAGGUCAUGGAGAAGGCAACCGUCCAUAAGUACAAUGCAAGCACGACUGCAUCGACUAUCUCGGAGAAAUCUGAUGAGCAGAAGCCAGCGGUACUCUUGGAUGUCGAUCUGGGUACUCUUUUCUAG